AUGGCUCGAAUCAAGCAUAACUCCAACUCAGAUUUGUUAGCUGGUUCACUCAAAACUGAUUUGUGCUCUAAUUACUUUGAAUCGCUGUAUUCAGAAAACAAAAACUGGAAAAUCAAAGAGUUCUCCAAAAGAAAGUCACUCUUUGGAGGGAAGAAUGCAGUUAUCAAAUCGAUUCAACAUCUAAGAAUCUAUAAUCAAUGCUUCAUCAAUUCUCCAUCAUCUAAAAAUAACUCAGCCCAUAUAGAUCUUAAAGACAUUGAAAAAAAGCUUUAUCCAAGUUUUACCAGAGAAUCACCAAUAUUCACAAGAUGGGAUGGAACUAUUUACGAUGGUGUCUUCCCUCAGAUCAGUGCUGAUUCUACACAAGUUGAAAGUUUUGACCGAUUUGACCCCGAUUCAAACUCCACAUCGUUUUGGAGUCAUUUGGUUGAUGCUAUGCAUAGGAAAGGAAUAGUGGUUAGUUUUAGUGAAGGCGGUGUUAAUGAAUUGAAAGGAUUACUUUUAUGUCUAAGAGUCUUGCAAAACACACUACCCAUUCAGCUUGUUCAUAAAGGUGAUGUUUCUCAAGAUUCAAUGGCAGAUCUUGUAAGAAUAGGAAGAGAUCUGGAGUUGAUCGACUCAGUCCAGCAAGAUAUUUGGUUUGUUAACACAGAGAGGUGCUUAGUUGAAGGUUCUGGUGAUCAAUUUUCAAGGUUUUCCAAUAAAUGGAUAGCUUCUUUAUUCAAUUCAUUUGAAGAGAUGAUUUUAAUGGAUUCAGAUGUUGUCCCUUUUAUAAAUCCUUCUGAAUUUUUCCAAACUAAAGAAUACAUUAAAUCUGGAGCUCUAUUCUAUAGGGAUCGUGCUGCCAACGAGUACAUUAACAGUGGUCAUGUUGAAUUUUAUAAAAAAUUAUUACCAGGGUUGAAAGAUCAUAUGGAUUUUGAAAUUCCUCUAGUUGGUAAUCAAACCAUGGAGAAUGAUUUUUUUAAACAUCAUUAUAAACAGUUGAUGGAGAGUGGAGCCGUUGUUAUGAAUAGAAAGGCACGUUUGCCUGGGUUAUUAAUCUCAACAAGUAUGCAGUUAUGGGAAGAGACGAGUGAGCCACUUUACGGUGAUAAAGAAUUAUGGUGGUUAGGUCAAUCAAUCUCAGGUAAUGAAAAUUAUGCAUUCAAUAAAAAUUAUGCUGGUGCAAUAGGGAUUGUGGAAAGUGAAGGUGAUGAUAAGAAUGUCGUAUGUUCUACUAAACUUGCUCAUUUCAAUGAUGAUUUUAAAUUGAUGUGGAUAAAUGGUGGAUUACAAAAUUGUAAGAAAUCAACAUGGAAAAUAGAUUACCAAAAGAAUGCAAAACUUCGGAAGAAUUGGAAAUCUGUUGAAGAUUUAGAAAAAUGGUAUAAAUCACCUUUAGAAAUUGACGGUGCCAUAAUUCCCGUACAUAAUAACGUUCCAUUAUUACAAAGGAUCUUUGGAGAUCCAAUCGGGUUUCAAAAAUGUCCUAGGCUGGGUUGUAUUGGGUAUUAUUGGUGUGCUCAUGAUCAUAAUGGAGCUACACUUGUUCAAUUUGAUGAUGAUCAAAAGAAAUGGAUUAAAUCAAUUGUCAACCUUUGGAAUGCAAAUAUAUGA